GCAGUAUCUUCAUGCGCUUCAGGCCUAGAACGAUCAGUGCGGGGGUUUGUCCAUCAAACUCGAAGAAAUAUAGGACUAUAGAUUGUGGGAUAGGCACAGUGCAAAAGCAAAGCUUCACUCCACCGAAGAGUUAUGAAAGCAGAGCGAAAAGGUUUUUCAAAGCCAUCGUUCAUAACGUAAAGGCAGUCAUCAUGGAUACAUUUGACAAUGCGCCCAGGCGAACGCGGAGAGCCUGCAAAAGAACUGGUUCCCAAGAUGCAACAAUGAAAAGAGAAAGCGCCAGCGUGCUUCGGUCGUUGAGUGUUGGAAAUAUAAAUGACAACGAUGUAAUGGGUGAAGAUCUGGAACAUCUGAAAAAUGGGAACUUGGAGCGAAGAGUCAUGUCCCCGCGCUAUAGCUUACUCCGUGAGGUUGGACGGGGAAGUUAUGGCGUGGUGUAUGAGGCCAUAGCCAGAAGGUCUGGUACAAGAGUAGCGAUCAAGAAACUUCGUUGUGAUGCCCCAGAAAAUGUUGAGCUUGCAUUGGCCGAAUUUUGGGCGCUGACAAGUUUGGAAAAACGACACGAGAAUGUGGUCCAGUUGGAAGAAUGUGUACUUCAGAGGAAUGGCAUGGCCCAAAAGAUGAGUCAUGGGAACAAGCAUUCCAAGCAAUAUUUGCGGCUGGUGGAGACUUCAUUAAAAGGGGAGCGGGUCUUGGGCUACCCAGAGGAGCCCUGUUACCUAUGGUUCGUGAUGGAGUUUUGUGAAGGCGGCGACCUGAAUCAGUUCAUCUUGUCGCGGAGGCCCGACCCGCACACCAACUCCAGCUUCAUGCGUCAGCUGAGCAGCGCCGUGGCCUUCCUUCACCAGAACAGCAUCGUGCACCGCGACCUCAAGCCGGACAACAUCCUCAUCUCCGAGCGCUCGGGCACGCCCGUGCUCAAGGUGGCCGACUUUGGCCUCAGCAAGGUGUGCGCGGGGCUGACCGCCGCUGGACAGGGCACGGCGGCAGGGCGCGAGAGGGACGCUGCGGGCUCCGGCCGCGAGCAGAGCACGGCCGCCGCCUGCGUCAACAAGAGCGGCGUGAACGUCAACAAGUGCUGGCUGUCGUCGGCGUGCGGCUCCGACUUCUACAUGGCGCCCGAGGUGUGGGAGGGCCACUACACGGCCAAGGCGGACAUCUUCGCUCUGGGCAUCAUCAUCUGGGCCAUGAUCGAGCGCAUCACGUUCAUCGACGCCGAGUCCAAGCGCGAGCUGCUGGGCACGUACGUGCGGCAGGGCAGCGAGAUCGUGCCCGUGGGUGAGGCCCUGCUGGGCAACCCGAAGAUGGUGCUGAGCAUCCCACAGCGCCGGCGCUCGCACAUGUCUGACGGCGUGCGGCAGCUGCUGCGCGACAUGCUCGCCGUCAACCCGCAGGACCGGCCCGACGCACUCGAGCUGCACAGCCGCGUGGGGCAGGUCACCUGCGCAGCUUGACCUCUGACCCCUGCCCAGCUACGCAGCCUUUCACCAAGACUCUUUCAGAUCCUCCCUGUCUGAGCCCUGUUCUUCAAAGGGACUGCCAUUAUUGUUUUGAAACUGUGAAGCCCCAUCACCACCAUCUAUAUAAUGUGAAGAAAAGAGGUUCAGCAUCCUCUGAAAUGAGCGAUUCCACGGACCUUUUUUUUCCUUUUAUUUAUUCAUUAUAUCCUUUAUUGUUAAGCUAUCAGAUUUUUUUUUAUCUUUCUUUGACUCGAGGAAUGUUUUAGUUUGUAGUUUGUUGUUUUUGCUUUGUUUUAUUUCUUUUUCUGACAGUCAGUGAAUGCUUUGCGGAGGCUGUUUGUUCAUUUCCAUUUCAUUUUGAUCGUUUGUGACCUGCUGCUGUGUUUGGUGGUGGAAUUCAGAGGAAUGUGCCAGGUGCAUGUCAGGUUGGGCUGUUUUGCCAGCGGCGUUCUGUGUAGUCAAACCUGCUUCCUUGCCUAGAACUCACACCCUGCUGUUGUUCUAUUAACAGCUUUACGAAUCUCACCUCACCCCCAACACACACACACACACACACAAACAUACAUACAUUAAAAUAGCUCCUUUUUUAAUUCAGACAUAAUUGAUUAUUAGCCUUUUAUGGUUUAUGUUUUGACUGUUGAUCCAUCAGAGGAAGCAUGAGAUUCGUUAUCUUCCUUUCUCCCGUAAAUUCAGUAAAGACAAAAAUUGCGGUCCAAGAACGUUUUGUUAUCAGCGCCCAACAUUUAAAACAUAAUUCUCCCGUUUUUCUUAGCCUGAGUGCCUUGCAUUUUAACUUUUGUUUUGGAAGUGAAUUAACCGUAUUGAUUCAUUUCUCCAAUCAGAUAACUUCUUGCAGUAAAAAUUCAAUUUUCUGUUACUCCCAGACACCAUUUAUGUUUUAAGAUGCAGUUAGUCAAAGGUUGCCACAGCUGAUAUCAUGAGAUUAUUCUGAGAGACCCUCAUGGUUGAUCUCCGCACCCAAAGAAAUAUCCUUUCGAAUGAUGCCAGUUGACCUUAUAUUAAAAUGUCAAAGAGAUUUUUUUUUUUUUAAAAAAGGAUUGUAAAUGAGUGUAGAUCCUUUUUGUUUUUUUGUAUGCCCAGCCCAGCACCCAUUCUGUAUCCUGCUGAUUGAGUCAUUGUGAUUAGCUCUGAAGGAGAUUAUCAGAAUCAAUGGUCAACAUCAAAUGAGAAAGUUCUCCAAUUGAAAUCAGAUGUCAUUCAAGACUGAUUUCAUCAGUUGGCUCUGGUGUUUAUUGUUACAGGGCAUAGUGAAUAAUCAGUUAACUGCACACAAAUCAAUGUUUAGUCAAUUUCAUGAGACUCUGUCUUUUUUGUAUUUUUGAGCAGAUGUCCUGGGAAGUUGUCUUAUCUAUUAUAGGAGUUUCAAAUAUAGUGCCAAAGAUUAUGAUGGCCAGAUAAUGAUCUCCCUAAUGUUAGUCUAAAAUGUCUACAAUCAUGUCUCAAAGAAAUUUCCUUUCAUCCCACAAUGUUAAGAUAUGUUAUUUUUCAGUUUAGGUUUUGAAUGGGAACAUUUCACUUCACAUCCUAGAUCUGAUGAAUUGCCACAGAUCAUUUGCCUGUUGGUGAGAACACAGAUAGAUGUAUGAGGCACAGAAUUACCCCAUGGCUAUUAGCAUAGACCAGUAGAAUUUCUACAACCACAUCUACCGUCUCAUUUCUUUCACUCUUGACUUUGCUUCGGCCCUAGUGCAUCAAGGUUCCAUUAUAGAUACCUCAAAUUAGUGUUGACGGUUGCAACUACAAAGAUGGAUAUUCUCUACAAAAACAUGUGCACAUGUCAAAUGAGUGUGAAGUGUUUGUACAGUUGUCAUAAUUCCAUUGUGCAGAUUGUCAUCAGUGUAAGUCACUAAUCAUAACCAGUGCCUGUGUCUGGAAUCAGUUUUAGUUGUAGUUCUACCUCAGUGUUUUUGCUUGCUGUCUCCAUAAACUUCAGGGGGGUAUUUUAAGUAUUUUGUUUAGUGAAAAAGUUAACUCAAAGUCAGUGUUCUGGUAUUAGAAGGUUUACCACUUACUGAGUUAAUUUAGCCAGGGUUUUUACUAAACCACAUUUUGGAAUGCUCCCCUGAUCUACUUGCACGUGACCAUGUGUGGUUUGGUGAACAUUUGUUCUUGGAACCAGAUGGGUAGAUGUGUUUGAAAUGGACCAGAACAACUUUGGAAAGGGAAUGGGUUGUCUUUGCUUCAGUGUUCCUUUUGUGUGUAAAAUACUACCUAACACGUUGCAUAAUGAAUUUCACAAGGUUUUAGUAGUCUUACUUUUCUUUGGGGAAGGCUCUGUUGUUCUGCUUUACACCAGUGUUUUUUUUUUCUUUGGUUAAGAACUAUAUUUAGGGUUAUGUUUACCUGUGAACCUCUCCCAGGUCGACCAAUGCUGAAAGUGUGUUUUUGUUUUACCAUAGACCAUGGUGAUUUCAAAACAGUUCUUGUUCUUGACCACCAUUUUUAAAGAUUUGUUUGUGAUCAGGAGAGACCGGAAUAGUGAGAGUUCCGGUUAGUUGAACAUUUUAAAACACUAACACUUCAGUUGAAGCACUUUUAGUGUUUUAUUUAAAUGUAAUAUAAUUAUGUAGUUCUAACAUUCUUGUGAUUGUUUUUUUUUUCCCUGGGUCAUGUUGAUUUUGAGUAAGCUGCAAAUACACUGUAAGUACCUCAUGUUUCACCUGUUUUCAUUCUGUUUGCGGUGAGCCUUUGAAACAAGUUACAUGUUCGCUCAACUUGCGAUUCCAUUGUUUCUGGGAGCUGAAGGGACCAUUACUUUAGUUCUUGUGUGUGGAAAUUAUGGGCUUCAUAUUAAAUUGAUUUAUUUUUUUUUUAUUUGUGGUUAGGGUUAAGCUUUUGAAAUGUGAAAGAUGGACAUGGUCAAAAAAACAAGCUUUAUGCGUGUUUCAUGGAUAGUGUUUUUUCAUGGAUGAUGCAUGUGGAACGUUUAUUUUGUAUUAAAAUAUUUUUUAAAUGUUUUUUAAUCCCAGUAUUUUAUAUGUUCUUGCUAAGUGAAAUCCAAUUUGUCUUAGCUACCUUGGAAUCUAAACCACUCGUCAACCCUGUAAGGCAUAGUGGCUUAGUAAUAUUUUAAGAUUUUGUGUUUUUAUUUUUUGACACACGUUGUAGUUUGACAUAUGUUUUAGUUGUGAGCCCUAUGAAUAGCCUGGUAAUCAAUUCCUCACAGUUUACAACAUAAUAUGCUCACCAUUACUGCAUAUGUGCACCACCACAACAAAACUAAAUGUACCCCAUCUUUCACAUAUUAAGAAGGAUCUGUUGAAAACACUUAAGUUAAGUGUGAGACGAGAUUGUGAAUAUUGUCAGGGGGGUGUCUCUGUGAAUGUGCUACUGCAGUUCAGUAAUAAAUGACUUAAAGGUAGACAUUGUUCAUCAUUUCUCUUUGAUAAUCUCUUCAGUACAACUAGAGGAAAGACUCGUCUGUGACUUUAUUUGAUCUGUGAAUCAUUUCGUUCUGGGCAGAGUUCUGCCAUUUUGGCAUUGGGUUGUUACAAAACAAUAGCACUCCACUUGAACACUUGUAACCAACCUCUUCUCUAUGCAACCCUACUUUCUCUGCACACCAGGCCAGGCAGUCCUUCUCUACUUCUGCAUUUCACUGUUAAGAACAUGCCCUCUUGUUCUUUUCUUCUGUACUGGAUUUGGCACGGAGAGGGAGGCUGUGGCUUUGAGUAAUGUGAAUAUAUCCUGUUCUCAAUGACAUGUACAGUUAUUUGUCAUAGAGUUCACUGAGCUGAUAGACCCUUCAGUGAAUUUUGUCGCCGUUAUUGUAAGCAAUGGAUAACUUUUUUUGUUUUUUUUCUUUUUUUUUUCUUUCAAUAAACUCCUCUGAAAUCAUGA